UUACUGCCCGCCAAGGUCCGAACGAUUCUGAUGAAACUUAUGAUUUUGAAUGGUCAACUGCUCACGAUGGCUUUAAAGGCACUUUACAAGAUCCAAAAAAGCGCGGGCCAUUCACUAAUGAUAAGGAUUACUGCUGGCUAUUUGAUGGUACCAUUGCAGAGUGGAGCAUAUGGGAUU